UCCCUCCCCUCCUUACGCCGCCCGUCCCUCCCUCUCUCCCUCACGGUGCUGGCGGCUCCUCCUCCCGCGGGUGACCCGCUGCCGCAUGUGAGCGGGGAGGAGGGACGGUGCCGCGCGGGCCCCAGUGUGGCGGCGGCGGCAGGAGGAGGAGCGGGAGCCGCCGCGCAGCGUUCCCCCGCAGCCUCUGCGCUGGGCCCCGCCGGCGCCCCGAGCCCGCCGGCGCCCCCCAUGCCUGUGUGGUGCUGCCGCUGCUCCUUGGCCGGUCACUUCAGAAGUUACAACGGCCCUGAAACUGAGGGACAGCUUUUGGAUUCCUUUGUCCAGUAUUUUGGUGACAGCCUUGGGAGGAAGGUUAAAAGAAUGCCUUUAAUUGAAGAAACUGUUCUGCCUGGGGACUCCCUCCUUACUCUGCCUGUAGUAAUAAUAGGAAAUGGACCUUCAGGAAUUUGUCUUUCUUACCUGCUCUCUGGAUACAGGCCGUACUUAUCUCCUGAAGCUAUACACCCAAACCCUGUUCUACACACAAAAUUGGAAGAAGCUCGACAUCUUUCCAUUGUUGAUCAAGAUCUAGAGUACCUCUCUGAAGGCCUUGAAGGACGUUCUUCAAAUCCAGUUGCUGUGCUUUUUGAUACACUGCUUCAUCCUGAUGCUGACUUUGGGUAUGACUACCCACCAGUUUUGCACUGGAAGCUAGAAAAACAUAAUUAUAUACCCCAUAUAGUGCUUGGUAAAGGACCACCUGGUGGGGCUUGGCAUUCCAUGGAAGGAUCUAUGCGAACAAUCAGUUUUGGAGACUGGAUGGAGUUGCCUGGCCUGACCUUUAAGGAGUGGGCAGCUAGCAAACGCAGAAAUAUAAAGAGUGAUCGAGUCAUGCCAGAGGAAAUAGCUUGUUAUUAUAAACACUAUGUUAAAGUAAUGGGCCUUCAAAAGAAUUUCAGAGAUAAUGUUUACAUAACAUCAGUAUCCAGGCUUUACCGAGGAAAGGGUGAGGACGACAGAAGUCAACUAAAUGAAGGUAUUUCAACGCAGCAUUUGGAAAUGGAAGAUGGACAGAAAUCACUGAUUAAGAGAAACUGGGAAGUCAGAGGAUACCAGAGAGCAGCAGAUGGCUCUCAUGUGCCCUUCUGCCUCUUUGCUGAGAAUGUGGCUCUUGCCACGGGAACCUUUGAUUCUCCUGGUCGGCUGCAGGUUGAAGGAGAAGACUUUCCUUUUGUGCUUCAUUCCAUGUCUGACUUUGGAGCUGCUAUCAGCAAAGGGAAGUUACGUGGGAAGGCAGACCCUGUGUUAAUUGUGGGUGCUGGACUUACAGCAGCUGAUGCAGUGUUGUGUGCCUGCAGCAACAACAUCCCCGUAAUUCAUGUGUUUCGUAGAAGAGUUACUGACACAAAUUUGAUUUUCAAGCAGUUACCGAAAAAGCUUUACCCUGAAUACCAUAAAGUCUAUCAUAUGAUGUGUACUCAGUCACAUACCGUGGACUCGCCUCUACAUUCUGCUUACACUAGUUUCCCUGAACACAAUGUACUUUCCUUCAAGCCUGAAAUGAAGUGUGUUCUUCAGAGUGCCUCUGGACUGAAGAAAAUUUUGAAGUUUUCUGUAGCCUUAGUUCUGAUAGGUUCUCACCCAAAUCUUUUCUUUCUAAAGGACCAAGGAUAUAGUAUAGGUCAUCACUCUAAUCAGCCCAUCACAUGCAAGGGGAAUCCUAUAGAGAUUGAUCCAUACACUUAUGAAUGCACUAAAGAAGCUAACCUCUUUGCUUUAGGCCCUCUGGUGGGAGACAACUUUGUACGGUUUUUAAAAGGAGGUGCAUUGGGCAUCACAAGAUGCUUGGCAGUAAGACAGAAAAAGAAACACGAAUUGAUUGAAAGUGGGGAUGGAAGAGGUGAUGGGGUACCAUAAAUAAGGCAUGAGAAACUUUCCCAUGUAGGAUUACAGAUGUAGUCUAACAGAACACUCACUGACAGCAAAAGUUGAUAGCAGUCACAUUUCUGUUGUAUACAAGUAACCUGCGCUUGUAUUGCUUGGUAACGGAUGCUGAUACUGCAAUAUUUCACCUUUUCAAAACAUAAAAAAUUGAUCUGCUAUUACAACUGAUCUCAACUGGAGUUACUUCCAGAUAAACAGAAAAUGAGACUUAACUUACGUUGACCUGCCUGUCGUUUCUUGCUCAGAUAAAAGAGCAGACUUCCUCUGGGAAAAGCAUUGCCUACCAGAGUGGCUUUACAUUUUAGUGUCAGAUGUGACAAAAUAACUUCUGAAAGCAGAAAGCUUGCUUAGUACAAAGUGAUUCUUGGUCCCCAGGCAAAUUUGGAGCCUUCUGCUUGAAACAAGGAUUUUAUUUAUUUGCCAUAGUAACACAGCAAUACUCGGAAUGAGCACUUAGUAAAAUGGUUUUUACUGUAAGGAGGAUUUCUGUAAGUAAGAAGUAUUGCUCAACAGUUAUAAGUUAUCCUAUUUGAUAAUUGGAAUAAAAGAAUAAGCAUUCCCUUUUAAUCUUUAAUACACAAUUUGGUACAAUCCAUUAAUGUUUUUUCACUAUGCCUAGAGUUGGGUGAGGGUAGAAAGAUUAACAUGAGAUGUUCCCCCACAGUGAUAUGUACAUUCUCAGAAUACUCAUUAACAUAAACAAUAAAGUACUGAUGUAAGUGCUCUUAA